CGUGGCGGCGUGGGCGUGUGCGCAGCUGGGCGAGCCGAAGAGGGGGCUGGUGAGGCGAGCCGUGCACGCCCUGGGGGGAGACGCCGUCAGAGGCAUGGUGGCGGAGGUGGACGCGGUGCAGCGCUGUGGAGGCCAGCUCACGGCGGACGGCAAGAGGCGCCGCACUCCGGGCGGCGUGUUUUGGAACAUUCUGAGGGCGCGAGUCAGCGCUGACGUGUACAACGAAAUCAUGGCCGAGGAGAGAGAGUUGCAGAAGCGAAGAGAGCGAGGCCAGGCAAGCAAGAAGAGGAGGAGGCAGCACAAGGGAGGAGAGGGCGCUGGUGGGUCAGAUCGUGGAGGCACCGUUACUUCUGGCGGUGGUGACAGGGAGCGCACAGGAGCCAUGAGCCUCUCGCUUGAGGGCUGCACUCGUGAUGCCGCCCGGCCGCAUGCUUCUGACGAUGCUGCUGCUGCUGCUGACGUGGCACAGGGUCCUGGGGCCAGGUGGCAAGUUAGCAGUAGUGUGUGUGUUCAAGGGGAUGACAGACAGCGCUUGGAGCAUGGUGUGACGGCGGGGGGAGGGGGCAUGGUGGAAGAUAGGGGGGUAGAAGGUAGGGGCGUGGGAGAGCAGGUGCAGUGUGGUGAGGGGAGGGCUGCAGGCCCUGUGGAGGGGAGAGAAGAGGAAGGGGUAGAGGACGGGGGUAGAGGAACGAGGGAUGGGGGGGGAAGGGGGGACGAAAAAGAGGUUGUUGUGGGCGUUGUGGAAGGAGGGGUGGACGGGAAGGAGAGGAUAAGAGAGCGGGCAUGUGGCGGAGGGAGGCAGCGGGGUGGGCUAGGAGAGGGGAGCAGUAGGGCGAGAGGCUGUGGGAGUGAGGAGGGGUUGGUGCAGGAGCCUUGGGAAGUGCAUGAGAUGAAGAAAGUGCGUGUGAGUAUGGAGCAGAAGGGGGGGCGUGUGGGUGUGGGUGUGGGGACGGAUGUUGAGGAGAAGGUUCGGCUGGAUGAGGGAGAGCGGGGCGGCAGUGUGAGGCAGGUGCUGCAUGCAUGGCGGAGUGCUGUCAUGGCUGGUAAGGGCGCUGGGUGGGAAGAAGCCGAGGAGGGCGAGUGGAGUGAAGCUGAUUGUGCCACUGCUAGUUUGGCCAUGCCAGCUGGCUUGGGUGUUGAAGAAGCUGGGUUGAAUACUGAUGGAGAAGCUGGGUUGAAGGCUGGUGACGUGGCCAAUGUUGUGGGUGACAUGGCUAAUGGUGUGAGUGACGCUAAUGGUGGGGGUGACCUGGCUAAUGGUGUGGCUGACGUGGCAGCCAAUGGUGUGGGCGACAUUCACGAGAGGGAAGGCAGGGAGGAUCCGAUGGAGGUCGAUGGUGAGUGCGAGGAGGCCGUGUGUGAGACAGUGCCGCCUUGUGUGGAGGAGCAGCGUGAGAUUGAUCAGCGCAAGGUUGUUUUGCAAGGAGAAGGGGCACAUGCAGGUGCGAGCAGCAGUGUGGACGGUGGCGCCUCUGAGAUUGCAUCGCUGUCAUGCAAGGGCGUGGAGAGAGGUGGCACAUGUGGGGCGGCAGCACUGCCAGGCGUGCGCACGGCACAGGGGGGAGAGCAGAGAGUGUCUGUGAAGCAGCGGCUGCGCAUGCCAGUCAAGUAUGAUGAUGUGCCCGGCACAGUAGAGGAGGUUGUGGAAGGGUCUGUCAUGUGA